CGUCGUUAAGAUGAACGGCAGCACGGACAGCAUGGCGGCUGUAGCUGCAGUUCUGCGGGAUGCUGCUUCUCAGCAGCCUGAGCUGCUCAGACCUGCCGAGCAGCAGCUGCAGCAGUGGGAGAAGCUGCCUGGCUUCUAUCUUACGCUAAUGCAGGUCUACCUUAACCAGUCCCUGGACACCAACACGCGCUGGAUGGCAGUUCUCUGCUUCAAGAACGGCGUUGACAAAUUCUGGCGCAACGUCGGCGAGCACAAAAUUUCCGAAGAUGAGAAGGUAGCAACAAAAAUAUGA